AGAGUUCGCUAGGCUACGCUAUGCAGUCGGGCUCUAAAGCCCGAAUUGGCAGUACGCAUUCAACCCAUAGCCACGCGCGCGUAAAAAGCAUAUAAAAAAAAACUAACGACCGCGAGUUUCAAAAUUCGAACGCGCGUUUUCCAGUGACAGUUCAUAGAGAGCAAAGUUUUUUCUUUUUUACUGUGAGUGAAUAGAAUUUGAGUGUCAAAGUGCCAAUAGUGCAGUGAUUUUUGUCGAGUUUUUUUUGGAUCUUAAUUCGGAUUCACAUUUCGGAUUUGGUGUUACACUACAUUUUGUGGCCUGGUUGGACGAAAACAACACCACAAAUGCUUUCCCAACGGCUCCAUCGAAAUUAGCGUCAAAGGCGCAUCUUCUUCGCUAUCCCGGAUAAAAAAGCCUCCACCAUGGGGCACAAACAGUACCUGGCGGUAGGGCAGUCGGCCCGGAACCGGCUGUUCGGCCUCGCUCCACGGAUCUCUGGCGAUAAGCCCGCCGUCCCGCUGAAUAUGCUUAUAUCGCAGCAGGGGAAAAUCAACCAUGGUCGAUUAGCGGUGAUCAUGUUCAGCGUGUGUACGGUGGUGCUAGGCAUCAUCCUGUCAUUUGUGCCAUGGCUCGAUUAUAUUAUAUUUAGGGAACUUAAACUCUGGAACGGCUCUCUAAGCUACAGCUACUGGCAGCGGCCCGGCGUGACGCGGCUGACGAAGGUGUACAUCUUCAACGUGACGAACCCCCAGGGCUUCAUGGAGCACGGGGAGCGGCCGCGGCUGCAGGAGGUCGGCCCGUUUGUGUACAGAGAGGACAUGGAGAAAGUAAACAUAAAGUUCCACGACAACGACACGGUGACCUACCAGCACAACAAGAUCCUGCGCUUCGUGCCAGAGAUGUCUGUUGACAAGAACCAGAAGCUGAUCGUGCCUAAUAUUCCUUUAUUGACGGUAACAUCGUUCUCCCCGAACCUGGCCGGCUUCCUGUUCAACUUGCUGGUGUCGGGGCUGGCGCUCACGUACCGGGACCGAGCCAAGCCCUUCGUCUCCGUCACCGCUGAGGAACUGGUGUUUGGUUACAACGACCCCCUAGUUUCGUUGGCGCAUAUUUUCUAUCCUAAAGGGAAACGGCCGAACAGCCAAAUGGGACUUCUUCUUGCUAGAAACGGCACCUUAGAUGAAGUCUCAACGAUCUACUCUGGACAGAAAUCCAUGGAGCGGUUCGGCUACAUCGACAAGAUCAACGGCAUGGACCACCUCCCCCAUUGGAAGGACAGCCCUUGCAACGACAUUCGUGCCUCCGAGGGUUCGUUCUUCCCUCCGCGCUCCAUCACCAAGUCGGACCUGGUCUACGUGUAUGACAAGGACCUCUGCAGGAUCUUGCCGCUACAGUACCGCAAGGAUAUAUACAAAGACGGUAUCCAAACAGGACUGUACACGCCUCCAAGUUCAACGUUCGAUGAUGCUGCAGUGAAUCCUGACAACAAGUGCUACUGUCAGGGAGAGAAAUGCCCUCCCCGAGGACUACAGAACAUCAGCCCGUGUCAAUAUAAUGCCCCAGUGUACCUGUCAUUCCCGCACUUCUACGACGCUGAUCCGUCGCUGCUGACCCCGUUUGAGGGUCUUAAACCAGAGAAGAAGAAGCACGAAACAUACUUCAUGAUUCAACCUAAACUCGGGGUCCCUCUGGAAGGCUUCGUGCGGGUCCAACUCAACCUGAAGGUGGACCAGGCGCCCAACAUCCGCGUCAACAACAUCAACAAGUUCCCCAGCAUCGUGUUCCCUGUCAUGUGGGUGGAAGAGGGUAUCCACGAAGUGACACCGUCAAUCUGGCGCUGGAUGUACCUGGCCACAGCCAUCGGGCCUGUCGCCGGUCCCCUGCUCACAUACGGCAUGAUAGUCUUCGGGCUAUUCCUGCUAACCAUCGUCUUCUUGAGGGCCUACAAGAACUUCGUCAUCGGCCAGAACUGCCCGAGGUCCAUCGAGAUUGUAGAGAUCGGGAAGGAAACCUUACGCAGAGGAUCUACUCUAAUCGUCCAUGGGUCCCAUAAGCUUCUGCCGAACAGGACUGAGUCGAUAUACCAGCCAUUGAGCCAGGAGUCAGUCCCACCGACCCCCUUGCCGCAAAGGGAGGUGAAAAUGGAUGAUAUGCGACUGCCUUCGUUUGAGACCCCCAUGUCAAGAAGUCUGGACAAUUUGCAAGGGCGGUUUUUGAGAAGCGAGGCGUUUUUCACCGCGGCUGACGAAAGCGAGUCCCUGAUCCAUUCUGACAAUACGUUCAUUCAAUCAGAAUUGCGGCGGUGUAGUUUAAUUUUUAAAUAGACAAUCAAGAUUGCGUUUGAAAAUCGAUAUUUGACUGAGUGUUUUACGGGAGUGUACGUACAUAGUUAGUUUGUAAGGUGAAUAUUUGCUCAUAGUUUUUGUACCUAUGUGUUUAGUGUGUAAAGUGCCUUAACAGGUGAAUCUGUUUUUAUGAACAAACUGAAACAUAUCUAAAAUAUACAUAUCUUUUAUAAUGUACUUCAGGGUAAAGCAAAUGAAAAUAUUGAAGGUGCCUACUAUAAAAUUUAAUAAUACUUAAAUGUUUCUUAAAGUAUAUACCGUUUAGAAACAUUUAGAUUUUACUAGAGUUUAUCUACUUAGAUAGAAUGUUUGGAAAUAAAACUUACGAAGAGUUGAUAUAGGUAGAUAGUAUACCUGCCCCUGAAUCCAUGAACAUACCAACUAUCAUUUUAUAAGAGACUUAAAAGGGUCAUCGUGAUACUGAAAUCUUUACUUUCUGUCUAACACAGGGAGUUGAAUUUUGGGUUUCACCAUGACGUAACUCACAGUUCAGUCUAUGAAUUCGGGGUUAUAAA